AUGACAAACCACUAUGACGAAAACGAAAUCCUUAGAGCCUUAGGAGUAUCUUCCAACAAUCUGGUAAAUAAUGUAUUAAAGACAAUGAUAUGUUCAGUUCAAAGACAUGAUAAAAGAUCAAAACGUAUGGGUUUUAAUAAUAUUUAUCGGAUAGUUCGUAGAGAAAUGUUAAGUAGACCAAUGUGUAGAAAAUUGCGACCAUGGCCAGAUCCAAGACUAGAGGGACCUUUUGUGAUUUCUCCUGCGGCUCUCAAAGCCAAACUUACAGAUAGAUUGGAAUAUUUAGCAUUGCCAAAAAAAGAAAACGUUUAUUGGGAAAGCUAUUACUCUUCAACUGUAAAACCAGAAAAAUAUAAAAACAAAAACAAAAUAAUAAGUGGCAGGUUAAUUGAACUGUCUCAGCCAAAACCAUUCAUAGAUGAUAUAGAUAAAAAAAUUGUACGAACACAUUUUAAAAGCAAAACUGAAUGGCUUGCUUAUUUGGAAAAACUUAAAAUAUUUGGUGCAGCCAGACGACCACCGCCAAGUCCGCUAGAACCAAAAAGAAUCAAAAAACCAUUAAAAUCAAUAGUGACGUAUUUGGAAUUGUUAUCCCAACCUGUCAAUCGUCCCCAGAACACCAAUGAAAAGACAAUUGAAGAAUUAAACACUAUUAAAAGUUCGGCUCUAAAAUAUAACGCCAGUGAUAGAAUUAAAAAAUUAGCUGUUGCCAAGCAAUUAAAUGAACAGACUUUAAUGGAUUUAAAUUACGAUCCACGAGAUAAACUUAUUAAUGCGAAAAAAUACAUUGCUACAGAUAGGAUCAAAGAACUGUCAAUACCAAAAGUUAGAGAAACGCCAAAAAAAAUUGAAGUUAAAACAGAUGCAUUUUCAGUCAAUCCAAAUGCUUUAAAAGCUUGGUGUUCACCGAGAAUAAAGCGAUUGGCUAAACCUAUCAUAAGAGAUUAA